CUCUACAAAAAGUGGAUCAAAUUUUUUUUUUUUUUUUUAUAUUUACUUUCUGAACCAUUUCAACGAAAUAAAAGAUGGGAUCAUUUCAAUCUUUCUGUCUCAAGAACUUUCACAGAUCUUUUCUUCAUUAGAUUCCUAGCAUUUUUUUGGGUGUCCUCGGCUUCUCUCUCAUCGUUUUCUCAAUCACCAUGGAUGUUCCCGCAACUGCAGUCGACACAGACGAAACUCAGAAGAAUGAUUAUUCGGUGUGGGCGGCUCCACCGGAGGAUGUGAUACCGAGAAUGAAGAAGUUGAUGGAGGGUCUACGAUCCGAGUUCGGCGGGCCUCAGUUCGAGCCGCAUAUGACCCUGGUUGGGUUGGUGAGUUUGACAAAGGAUGAUGCGCUGGCCAAGUUUAAAGAGGCUUGUGAUGGGGUCAAGGCUUAUACUUGUGGUGUGGAUCGUGUGGCUACUGGGACGUUCUUUUACCAGUGUGUUUAUUUGCUUAUUCAUCCAACGACUGAGGUGGUGGAAGCUAGUGCAAAGUCCAGUAGCAUUUUUGGUUUCAAGUCCUCAACACCUUAUAUGCCGCAUAUAAGCCUGCUUUAUGGGGACCUGACAGAUGAAGAGAAGAAAAAAGCUCAAGAAAAAGCUUACGCUCUUGAUGAGAGCAUCGGUGGACUAACCUUCCCAAUUACUCGCCUUCAAUUGUGGAAAACACCCACUUCGGAUAACACUCUGAAAUCUUGGGAGAAGAUUGUUGAAUUCAAUCUCAGCCCCAAUUAAGUUCUCUUCGACUACUUAGUUGAAAUAACUUGAGCAAGAUCCACCACACGGUGAUCUUCAACUUGUUGCACGCACUUUAUAAUAUAACACUCUAUGGUGUCAGAGGCCUGUAAUAAAUGCAGCUUAUAGUUUAGUUUCUGCCUAUUUAUGCAUGCAUGUAUCAUUCAAUAAAAGUCAGUAAGUCACCAGCUUA